AUGACAGAAUCUAUUGACGCACUUGUAGAGAAAUGGCUCGCUGUGGACAAGAACGAAGAGACACGCAAUGAAAUCAUCGCGCUUCACAAGGCUAACAACGUCCAAGAACUGGAGAAGCGACUUUCUACUCGUAUUGAAUUUGGCACUGCCGGCUUGCGAGCGAGAAUGGAAGCAGGUUUUUCUAGAAUGAAUGACUUGACCGUGCUUCAAGCAUCACAAGGUCUGGCCAUCUACAUUGAAAAGACAGUGAAAGACGCCAAGAAGAGAGGUGUUGUUGUUGGCCAUGAUCAUCGCCAUCAUUCAAAGGAAUUUGCUCAAUUGACUGCUGCUGCUUUUAUUCAACGUGGAUUCAAGGUUUGGUUUUACAAGGAAUUGGUUCACACUCCUUUGGUGCCUUAUACUAUCAAAAAAUUGCAUGCUGCAGGUGGCGUCAUGAUUACUGCUUCUCACAAUCCCAAAGACGACAAUGGCUACAAGGUGUAUUGGGAGAAUGCCUGUCAAAUCAUCCCUCCUCAUGACGAAGGAAUCGCUGCUACCAUCUUGGAAAACUUGGAGCCUUGGGGCUGGAAUUAUGAUUUGGUAUCCACCAGUGAUUUAGUGAAUGAUCCCACCGACCAAGGUGUCAUCGAUUCAUACUUUGAAGAAGUCGAGGCAUUAUGCAAAAACAAGCAGGACAACCAAGACACCCAAGUCAAGUUUGUUUACACUGCAAUGCACGGUGUUGGUACUCCAUUUGCCAAGCGCGCAUUCGCUUGCUUUGGAUUACCUCCUUUUGUGCCUGUGGAAGCCCAAAUCUCACCGGAUCCUGACUUCCCUACUGUUGCCUUUCCCAAUCCCGAAGAAGGUAAAGGCGCUUUGAAUUUAGCCAUCCAAACUGCCGAUCAAGUGAAUGGCAAUAUCAUCCUGGCCAACGAUCCAGAUGCUGAUCGUUUGGCUAUUGCUGAAAAGCAGCCCAAUGGUAAAUGGGUCAUUUUCACAGGAAACCAAAUUGGCUCUAUAUUGGGUGCAGCCUCUUUUGAAAAAGCCAUUGCCUCUGGCCAACGACCUGAGCAUUUAGCCAUGGUUGCUAGUACAGUGUCAUCCAAAUUCCUGGCUCGUAUGGCUGAAGUAGAAGGGUUUAGAUUUGAAGAGUCAUUGACUGGUUUCAAAUGGAUCGGCAACACUGCUAUGCUUCUCGAGAAACAGAGAUUCAAUGUCAUUUUCUCUUACGAAGAGGCUAUUGGAUUCACAAUUGGAGACAUUGUAAAGGACAAGGACGGUGUGAGUGCUUUGGCCUUCUUUUCUGAGUGGGCUGUGCAACUCUAUAAACGUGGAAUCACUGCUUAUGACUAUUUGGAGGAGCUGUACAAAAAGUACGGUUAUUUUGUAAGCGAGAACUCUUACUUUAUCUGUGAUGACAAGAAGAAGAUUGCAAAGAUUUUUGAUCGUAUUCGUUUUGGAGACGAAAGCCAACGUGAAGGCGGCAAGACUGGACACAAGUUGUGCUAUCCAGAAACAAUUGGCGGCCACAAGGUCAUUGGCAUUCGUGAUCUGACAGUUGGAUACGAUUCCACUACUCCUGAUAAUGAGCCAACAUUGCCUGUCUCAGCAUCUUCUGAAAUGAUUACAUUCCGUUUGGAUAACCACACAGUGUUUACUAUUCGUACAAGUGGCACUGAGCCCAAGAUCAAAUACUACUCCGAGCUGCGUGGUGCAAGUGAGGAGCAAGCUAGAAUCGAUCUCCAUCAAGUAGUUGAGGCUAUUGGUGACGAACUCAUGGAAUACCAAAAGAACGGACUUGCCAAGAAGAAGGAGGACUAA